GAAUUGUCAUAACGACUAUUGAAUUGAAAGGUAGUAGACAGUGUCAAGUAGAUUAAGGAGUGCGCUGUGACUACAUCAAAUAGAUAGAGAUGAUGAACUAUGUUCACGUUAUCUUCCUUUUAAGCUCCCAAAUUAUAUUAGUGUAUAGAGUAAUGGCUGAUGAAAAUGAAACAAAUUUUCCUCAGUCAUCAUAUUUUAAGAAGUAUUACGAAACAGGCCCGAAAGUCAGUGAACAACUAUGGAAUUGGCUUCUUACAGCAAUUAUAACUCUGGCUAUCUUGUCAGUUCUGUGCUUGAUAUGUCUAAUUGUUUGGGCAGUUGUGUAUUAUAAGGAAAAACGGGAAGACAAAGAUGAUGUCUCCUUACAAAACAGUAAUAAAACUAAUUACUGGAAGAAUGAAUAUACACCAGGCAAAAGAGGAAUAGGCCUAAUGUGUGCAAAAAAAAACAUAUAAAAAAGUAGCACAAAUCUAGGCAUUUUCUUAAAUUAAUAUUGUUUUCUUAGUGGGAGGACAUGGAGGAUUAAGUCACAUAUACCCACCGUCAGGCUCCACCAUAUUAAACCUACAAAAAUGGAACGCAAUGACAGGAUACGGAGAUAUAACUGGAUCAGACAAGAAAGAUAGAAUCAUUGUAAAGAAAUACGAUACUGAAGAAAGAAUACCGAAAAAAGAUAUUACAAGGGUAACCGAAGAAGGUGGUCAAACCUGGAAUUGGAAGGAAACUCAUUAAAAACAAUAACAACAUCGCAAAUAAUAAUAUGAAUGAAUACAAACGGUUAUAUUAGAAUUUUUUUACAGAAACUUUUUUCUCACUUCCAUCUCUCCGUUGAUUAUCUCAAUGAAAAAAAGAGUACUGAGAAUUUGUUUUCUGUUUUAAAAUUUUAUAUAAAAAACUGUAAUGGUAUCAAAGCUUUUUGAGUUUAUUCUUUUUCUUAAUUUAAUCAACGGGAAUAACAAUGAAAUUCCUUUUAGAAAUUACUAAUUUUUUUCUAUUUUUGGCGAAAAGUAAGAGAAAUUAUUCUUGUGCCGUGGCAAAAAAAUAUGUGAUUUUUUUUUCUGGAAAAUCUUAAUUUAUGAAAGGAAAAAUUAAAAAAAAAGAGAUCUAUCUUCUGACUUAUUUUCUUAAAUUUAUCAUAUUCAUCUUAGGCAUAUAAAUAUUGUUUGUUUAUAUUUAUAUCC